AGAAGAAGAAGAAGAAGAAGAAGUGUGUUACUGUGCUAUUUUUUUUUUCCACCUUCAAUGGCUUUGAUGCUAGACAACUGUGAGGGUAUGUUACUCUCUUUGGACUCUCACAAAUCUGUCCCAGCACCAUUUCUCACCAAAACAUACCAACUGGUCGACGAUCCAACCACCGAUCACAUAGUCUCUUGGGGAGAAGAUGAAUCCACCUUCGUCGUUUGGCGUCCUGCUGAGUUCGCCCGUGACCUCCUCCCAAACUAUUUCAAGCACAAUAACUUCUCUAGCUUCGUUCGUCAGCUCAACACCUAUGGUUUUCGAAAGAUGGUACCAGACAGAUGGGAGUUUGCGAAUGAGUUCUUCAAGAAGGGAGAGAAGCACUUGCUUUGUGAGAUCCACCGGAGAAAAACAUCUCAGCCUCAAGUUGCGAUCAACCACCAUCACCACCUCAACCACCCAAUUGGUGGCCCGAAUGUCUUUUCCUACCCAACCCGUGUCAGCAUUUCGCCACCUGACUCAGAUGAACAAGCCAAUUGGUGUGAUUCACCACCGUUGUCUUCUCCAACUGGAGUUACUGGAGUCUCAGUCAUCGACGGCGGUGCUGGUGGCUAUAACAGCAAGGUGAUAGCGCUUUAUGAGGAUAAUGAAAGACUACGGCGAAGUAACAACAUGCUCAUGUCUGAGCUAGCUCACAUGAGGAAACUAUACAACGACAUUAUAUACUUUGUUCAAAACCAUGUGAAGCCUGUGGCACCAAGUAACUCUUACCCUUCUUCUUUUCUUCUACCCAACUCAUCACCAGCGUCUGCUACUCCUUUUAACAGUUCUUCAAUGAUGCAAAAGCCUUUGAACCAGUUUAUUGGGUUCCAUCAGAAUAACCCUAAACAAGGUCCUCAUGGUAAUGUUAUGAGUUCCUUCAAUUCUCCAAGCAAAACUUUCCAGAGCACUAUGAAUAUACUUGAAGAUUCAGAUAGUAAUAGCAGUAGAAUGAAGCUGUUUGGUGUGCCACUUCAGUCAAAGAAAAGAUUGCACCCUGAGUAUGGUUCUUCGGUGGCCAAUGUGGAGACUAACAAGCCAAGAUUGGUCUUGGAAAAGGAUUUUUUAGGGUUGAAUCUCAUGCCUCCUUCUCCAUGUUAGCUUUCUCCACUUCAUUCACGAAUUCUACUCAAAGUUUCAGAUUUCUCUUCCCUAUUUUGGUUUACCUUUAUUUUAGGUUUUUUUUUUUUUGUUUGAUUGUCUUGUUUCGAUGGAGUCUUAGUAUCUGAUAGUAUUGAUGAAAAGUUUCUGCGUGUGCGUUCGUGUGAGUCUUUGUGUAUAUAAAACUUUAGUGGCGGUGUUAUCUUGUUCCCCAACCAUGAAUGCAGUUGGGUUUUGGGUUAAGCGUGUAGAUCACAUCAAGUUUCAAUCGUCAAUACCAUAGAUUUUUUCC